UACGGUCAAAACCAAAAAUAGCAAAAAAAAACACUAUAUUUAUUGCUGUAAACAAGAAAGCAAUAAUUAUUUCCAAUUAAUUAAUUCUGACGUUUCAAUUUACCAUAGUACUACGGAAAGAGUAACAUUUUCCCGUACAAUGAAUUCACUCGUCCUAUGGUUCAUUCGUGGUUCAUCCACUCGGUGUUUACUAUUUUACUCGCGCUGGGGAAACACGCGAGCCGAAGCUUUUGGAGCAUUGUCGAACCAACGCGACCGCCCUCUGCUUACAAACAUAUACACUAGCACACACACGAACGAUUUGUGCCAGGAGCCUGUGCUGGCAGAUGUCAGUGCGUGCGCGCUCCAGUAUCGCAUCAGCUGUACUGUCAAACGGUCGUGUAGAGUUGUAGUAUUUUAUAAUAGAAAAAACAUUACCCUUCUUACAACUUAAAAUUGAUCAAUCAUAAAACAUUUUACAUGGAAAGGAAGAAAAAACUUAGCCAAAAAUGUGCAGUGAAUUUGUGGUAUCGCAACUGAACGGGACGGUCACUACUUAAGCAGGUGUGCCAUUAGGCGCCCCUUCCACACAGGACACGAUCAACCACUGGUCUUCAAUCAAUCCGUCACAUUUCCACAUUUUGUUUAAUUUCCAAAAAAAAACGAAAAAAAAUCGCCAUGUCCAUAACAACCCGAUGGCAGACUGCUGCAUGAGAUGAUCGUGUCUGUGCUUAAGAGACGUCCAUCUUUGCCACAAUUGAGAUGGUCUUUAGCAGGUCCGUAUCGGUCUGGUACCAGCGUACGCGGACAUACUCGUAGAAUCGUCUGAAAGGGCCAUUGGGAAAUAGAGCUCGAAAUAACCUAAAAAAAAACAUCAAUCCAUACGAACUCCAUACAACCCGGCCACCAAACAAACCCGAGUCCGUAAUCGUUAGUAUCCGUGUAAAGCUCGUGGCACACGGCCGAGCACGGACGCUACGCUGGCCCACACUCCACCGGCCGGGGCAGUGCAGCGGGGCAAGGAUGCACCGGUUGCCGCCCGCAGUAAGAUGACGGCACCGUACGAGGGUUUGCGCCCGCGUCACAAACGAACCCAACGCCAGAUGGUGCGCGGCAGCGUCGGAUGGCGAUACCUGGCAACCGGAAGGGGUAACCAUCGGCAUGCAGGCACCGGUCGGCGAGGGUCCGUGAUGCGGACGGUGGCGGUUUUGCCGUCCAUCUUGGAACCGGUGGUCACACCACCGGUGGACAUCUGUAGCCAUACUAGUUUUAAUUAUAAAUUUUAUCGUUACCAAUACCUUCGACCUGUAGCUAUUCUGUACAUAGCGUUAGCGAUAAUUCUAGCAAACGUGUCAGCAUUUGAGCCGGACUUUGUAUAUCCACUGGAGAACGUAACGGUUGCGAAAGGUCGCGACGCCACGUUCACCUGCGUUGUGAACAAUCUCGGUGGUUAUCGGGUGAGUGGGGAAGCAACACCGGCCCGGGUUGCCUGGAUAAAGGCGGACGCAAAAGCGAUCCUGGCAAUACACGAGCACGUCAUCACCAACAAUGGCCGAUUGUCGGUGACGCACAACGACUACAACACCUGGACACUGGUGAUCCGGAACGUCAAAAUGGAGGACCGGGGCGUUUACAUGUGUCAGGUCAAUACGGAUCCGAUGAAGAUGCAGACUGCCUUCCUUGAGGUGGUGAUACCGCCGGACAUCAUCUACGAGGAAACGUCCGGCGACAUGAUGGUGCCCGAAGGUGGUUCGGCAAAGCUAAUCUGCAAGGCACGCGGUUAUCCGAAGCCAAAGAUCGUGUGGCGAAGGGAGGAUGGACGUGAAAUCAUUGCCCGCAACGGCACGCACGGAAAGAUGAAAGCAACGAUAGUCGAAGGUGAGAUGUUGUCACUGACGAAGGUGACACGUUCCGAGAUGGGAGCGUACAUGUGCAUCGCCUCGAACGGCGUACCACCGUCCGUGAGCAAACGGCUCAAGCUGCAAGUACACUUUCAUCCACUGAUCCAGGUGCCAAACCAGCUCGUCGGUGCUCCACUCGGUACGGACGUAACGCUUAUCUGCAACGUGGAGGCAUCACCGAAAGCCAUCAACUACUGGCAGCGUGAAAAUGGCGAAAUGAUCAUCUCCAACGAGCGGUAUCUGAUGAACGAGAACGAAAGCUCCAUGUACGCGGUCCAGAUGACGCUGGUCAUACGCAAGCUGCACAAAUCGGACAUGGGCGGCUAUAAGUGCAUUUCCAAGAACAGCAUUGGUGAUGCGGAGGGUACGAUACGGCUGUACGAAAUGGAGCUGCAGAAGAAAACCAAAUCGGCCCAUCGUGUGAACAGUGUGGAGGACACCUCGGGCAACGAUGAAAUCAACUCAACGCCCAACAUCGACCAGUCCGAGGAGAGUAACAAAAUACACAAAAAUGGCCGUCUUUAUAAGGGUUUGCAGGCGGGUGAGCACGACCUAAUUAGCUCCAACACUAGUGAUGCCUCCAUCCGGAGUAGGUGGACAAGCUUAUGGCCCCUGAUGCUCGGUGCGUUGACCGUACUAACGGUACGCUUCCGGUGUCACUUGUGUACCCCACCCAGUGUGAAUUGUUGAGCUAGCGCCCUAGCUUCGGGUGCUUGACGUCGUCCUGAGGCCAUCCUUUACCCACGGUCUCUUCAAGGACAACAAAUCACAGGUACGCAUGGUGUUCUAGAGGGUCUACCAAUACAUUGCAGAAUAAAUCUGACAGAAGAGAUCCCAUAGGCGAAGACCUGAAAUCCUAGGACAUCAGUAAGAUAAGAUACUAUGAGGUAUUAAGCAGUUUUAUUGUGUAGAAUUCAUACCGUUUGCAGCUCAAACUGAUCUCACUGUGCAUACGUAGCGUAUCGACAACAUUGCGCCCUAAAGUAUGCAAUUAUCAUACAAAUUACUGCUUUCUACAUUCUCUACACUCCAAAAACAUAUUUCUUGUGCUUUAAGGUGUACAUUUGCCUGUAUUCUAAUUCGCUAACAUUUUCACAAACGAUUUCUAUUUUUCCAUCCAUAUCACGACGAAUGAAACGUAUACGCAUUGUAUGUGAGAUCCGUCAAAGCUUGACUAUUUAAAUCCGAUUUAUCUGUCAAAACGAUCCAGCAUUGAUAGCGAACGGUAUGGGUUCUGUACGGAGGAACUUUGUAAAAUAGCACAACUCCUAUGAUUUGAUUACUCAAUCAAUUGAUGGGAAAUGGGAAAAGCAUCUACUACCAUUGUAAGCUAGGGAGCGUAUAAGAGCUAACCAAGUAUGACCGGGAUGUGUGAAUGGCUGACGGAUAUUGUCACGGCUUAGACUUAGACACUUAAACUGGCAAGUAACUCCAAAAUAAAAAAAAAAUGUUCCACCAUUUCACCUACACCGUUACAAUGUUCAAGCCAAGUAUGAAUGUGCGUGUCUGCAGGGAUGUUUGACCAUGUGUGUCUGUGCGUGUGUUUCAGUAGCGUAUAGGCCGUUAUGUCAUUAUAGAGAUGUAAAAUUAAAACAAAAAUAGCAAAAAACGAACUUUUGUUUUCGGUUUUGAAAAAAAUAAAAAGACGAAAAGUUUGUCUUUUAUCGAUUUGAAAAAUAAAACUACAUUAAGAAUAUCUUAUAACAAAAAAAUACGCAAAACAAAAACGGAAGAAAGUGAGCUCUCUCAGCAUAAAAGAAGAUUAGUAAAAUUGUGCACCGAAUAAUGCUGAACCCCGUAGCUCGUCUUCCUGAUUACCGGUAUGUGUUAGACGGUUGUCAGGUUGCGGUUCACUGGAAAAUGGAUGAGAGUGCAGCAUGGGAAAAACAAAUAGACACACACACACACAACCACGCAGAAAAACGCGGGAGAAACCAAUUAUGAAGAUGAGACAAAUGUGGUCCAUAUUGGGGUUUUUGUUUUUCGCUUUCUCACUAUUUUUUUCCUACCAAAACCCGUAAACAGUCCAUUCAUCAUGGCUUUGGUUUGGUUAAUGGUGCACCACUAGCACAUGACGCAUGACGACGAACCUUAUCUGUUUUUUUUUUCUGUUAUCCCACUACAGAAAUGAAGGGGAAAAAAGCGGUAAAGGCUUUGGAUGAUUUUUUUUUCUCUCAUUUUACCCCAACAAUCUCGCUUCAUUGUCACCGGAUUGGGCAGUGAGGCGUGAACGCUGCACCAGCUCAACGGCUAAUGAGUCGCACAGAAAACAGGGGAUCGGGAGGCGAAUAAAAAAAACCGGGAACGGGUUUUUGCAACGUGCGGAACGCUUUGCCGUCAUUAGCCGUAAUGGAAAUUAUUUCCAGCGAGCCGACCAUUCAUUGUAAUAAUUGUUGUUGGUUUUUCACGCUUAUUUCCCUAAGCGCGCGCGCGUGUGUGUGUGCAUGUGUUGAUGGAAAGAUGCAACUACAUCUGUUACAUGAUUCAGUUUCGCGUUCCACAAAGUCACAGUCAGCCGGUCCGGCAGGAUGUAAUGGCAAAACGGCUUUCAGCGAUUAAAAACCAUAGCAAACACCGAAGCUGUAGCGCAAACCAGACAGCUGUGCGGGGGAAGGGGAAAAAACUAAUCCAUCUCUGAUUGGAAGAAAAGUGCCAAAAAAACAAAAAUUGCAUACCCUUACACGGGGCGUGAAACUACUCUUCCCUGUAUAUGUUUCAGAUCAUUAAGAGAGCUAGCUAAAGGCAAGGAUGAUUUCUGUUUGCAAAAUUUGCUGAAAAGCUAUACAUAAAAUAAAUAACAAGAAUGGGUAAAAUUGUUAUUAAGUGUAUAAAUAAAUACAAGAAAGCAACACGCGAAGAACACGAGUAGCCGAAAAUGCUAAACUGAAUGCAUACAUUCAGGCGCCAUACAGCAAAAUUAAACGAAACAAGGAAUGGAAUUUCGUAGGCAAUAAAUCGGUACAGGAAGGUGGGGGGGAGGGGGAAGUAUGGUGCGGGGAGUAAAAAAAAGGGAAAUGGGAAAACUAAUUAAGUACCCAUUCACGUCACGAUAGUAAGAGUAAUGGUAACACUAAUGAUUACGAAUUGAAAUUAUUACACUAUCCAACAACAAAAAAACACCCCUACCAGUAACAAUAAUAAAUGCAUUAUCCAAGGUAAAAGCGAUUCAAUUUACCCAAACACAAACACACACAAUAAAAAAACGCCGGUUUGAAUCAAGCGCCAAACCAUUGGAAGAUAGUACGAACGGUAGUGAUGCUGGUGUUAAGGUGACAGUUUUUGUUACAGCAAUGCCCUAACAGCGCAUUUUGUGUGGGAUUGCAUACUGUUAGGCGACCUUUAACAAUAACGCAACCGAUACGCCUGAGGUCAUUUUAACUGACUUGCGACAUUAUUUUGCAAUGUUUGUUUAAUAAUAUUGUCUGCUAAAUAUGACGAUAGUAAGCAUUCAUCAUAUGUCACCUCAUUCAUCUCAGCUCACCAUUCGGGUAUAGUCACCGUUUUCAUGUCCCCGGUACAGGUGAAACGACUAACAGGCAACUAAAUAAAGCGAAUGAAAUCAAAACACCGAUUAGGUCGGCGGUGUGGUAAUGGAUAGUUUAAAAUUUGCUACCAAAAAAAAACAGAAGAAACUAUUAAAAGAAGCAAACAAACAAUACAAAAGAUAUAACUCACCAGGCACCAAGGCAAUCGAUCAAUCAAUUCCGUUGAUCUAUUACAUAUAUAAAUAAGCAUUCAUAUUUACGCAUACAAUCAGCCGCAAAACGAGCUCACGUAAUGUAUGAGAUUGGUAAAUGGUGGUACGGGACGGUUGGGUGGUAAGCAAGAAACAAGGAUAGGGUUGCUAUAUUUGUUGUUUUAUCGUUCGAUAUCUUACGUAAGCUGUUAGAUUGUGGGACUUGGGACCCGUCUGAAAUGUGUGGAUGGGCAAGUGUGUGCGUGUGUAUGUGUGUCAUGCGAGCGUGUCUGUGUGUGAUUGUGUGGGAACACACAAAAAAAAUAUAAACACAAGUAAGAAUGUUUCCCGUGGGAAAUCAAAAGGAUAAGUAAGGGAAAGUGAGAAAAAGGAACAGUUGGAUGUAAAAGCGUAGGACAAAGGAGCAUGUGAAAAUUUGUUACAUAUUUUACUGGAUAGUUUUAAUCGCUUUUAUUUUAAUUCUGUAGCACAAAAACAUGACGACAGUUUUGUUUAAAGCACACGGAGAUGGUAAGGAAUACGAUACAAAACAAGCAAAAGUCGAAACGAAAAUUUUAGAACAUAUUAUCAAUAGCUUAGCGGGGAUUAUCAAUAAAAAAAUCACUCUUACAAACACUUACCAGCAUUUAAUGAUGGGUUUCUUUUUUUUGCGAAAAACCUACGGAAAAAAUAAAAAAAAACAUUAGAAGAGGAAGCAAACGGAAGGCGAAUAGAGAAAGAAGCAUGUAAAAAGCGAUUUUGGGUGACGUAACUCAAAAUCGAACCGGCAUUAUCCUUUUCAGCACUGUAAAAAUUUGCAAACGCAACACCGAAUAUAGAAGUGUGAAGGAAGGAAUACAAAACUAUUGCUAACGGAAAUGAAACUCAUACAAGCUUAAUCAAGAAGUAAAAAUAAAAUAUAAAAUUAAACAGAGAAAACCAACACCGCAAAACAAAAGGUUAAUAAUGAAAGAGGAAAGAGAGAAAGAAAGUUACUCUGCACAGUAAAGUAACAGUGCAACAACAACAACAUUAAAGGAAAAUCCAUACAAUCUUGCAGAAAAUAAAGUAAUAAUUAUGCAAAUGGAUAAAGUAAAGCAGAAACGAGAAAACGCAAGAUGCAAAUAUGAAGUAGGUAAGUAACAAAGAGUAAAUACAUAGUGUUACAGCAAACAAACAAAACAAAGCAAACACAAUCCCAAGCGAAUUGUGGUGAUGGCGUCUGUUUACAUUCAUUUUGUUUACCGCCCAGUGUGAAAAGCGAUGAACUGGAAAUAAAGAGAGAGAGAGAGAGAGAGAGAGAGAGAGAAAGAGAGAGAGAGAGAAAAAGAGAGAGAGAGAGAGAAAGAGAGAGAAAGAUAAAACCCAUCAUGCAGAACGAUUUAUGAUAUAAUCAUAAAACCAACAGGAACAAAAAACUGAACAUAACAAGCGAUUGAACUAAUGGUGAAAAAUACACGAAUAAUAAAAACUAAAAACAA